GUAAAUUUUAUUUCGGAUAUCGAUUUUUCCACGGAACAUUCGUCCUUUGGCGACCUUUCAAAAAGAAAUCGCUCGUACAGCACAUGCAAAAGAUUAUGUAUGAAGAUGAUUACAACCAAGAAGAUUUCGUGCGUUUGCGAAACCCCCAUAUCAAACACAUGGAGGCAGACCACCUGUAUCACAUAUCUCUCAGCACAGCAACACAAGAUCUACGAGAAAUGUUCUGUGAUGUCAAGUUCGUGUGCAUGGGUGGAACACCUCGACGCAUGGAGAAAUUUGCCCAUCUGGUAGAAAAGGAAUUAGAGAUCAAACUGCCUACCGGUGCCGCCCUUUGUGAUAUCAGUGCAAAGUCUUAUCGAUAUUCCAUGUACAAGAUAGGACCUGUCAUAUCUGUCAGUCAUGGCAUGGGAAUUCCGUCCUUAUCCAUCCUUCUUCAUGAAAUCAUCAAGCUCAUGUAUCAUGCUCGAUGCACCGACGUCACCUUUUUGAGGAUUGGUACAUGUGGAGGCAUUGGCAUACCUGGAGGGUCUUUAGUUAUUACUGAUGAAGCAGUCGAUGGGAUGCUGAAACCUUAUUUAACUAUAGAUAUUUUAGGAAAGCCAGUAACCCGGCCCGCUGUUUUAGACAAAGACGUCGCUGACGAACUGAAAGCUCUUGCCGAUGCGGAAAUGCUGGAUUGCCGGACAUUUAUCGGGAAGACCAUGUGCACCAACGAUUUUUAUGAAGGGCAAGGCCGAUUAGACGGAGCCUUUUGUGAUUACACCGCCGAUGAGAAAAUGGAAUUCUUAAACAUGGUUCAUUCGAAAGGCGUCAAAAACAUCGAAAUGGAAUCUUUGGCAUUUGCUGCAAUGUGCCAUCAUGCCGGUAUCAAAGGUGGCGUGGUGUGUGUUGCACUGUUGGACAGACUCUCCGGAGACCAGAUCGACACGCCCAAAGAAGUGAUGGAUUUAUGGCAAGACAGACCUCAGCAGUUGGUCCUGAAAUUCAUCAAAAAUCGACUGAACUUGCCAUAAAAUGCCACUGUAGCUUUUGCCACGCUUUAGCAAUUUCGGACACGUGAUGCCUUUAUACGAGCUCCAUUUGAAGUUUCAUAUAUAAAAAAAAUAUUAUAUAAAAACAAAAAACCCGACAGAGUAAAUACCAAAAAAAAAAAAAACUAAAAAAA